AUGUCUUCCCCAUCAUUCAUCAGAGUUUCAUCAACACAUUUUACAUGGGGAGACAAGCCAUACUUUCUUGUCGGUGCCAAUUAUUGGCAAGCGAUGAAUCUAUCCAUGUCGACAGGAAAUAGAGCGAGAGUGCUUCAAGAUUUGGAGAAAUUGAAACAAAUGGGCAUCAAUAAUGUGAGAAUCAUGGCCGGAAGCGAAGGGCCUAAUGAAGAACCGUUUAGAAUGAAGCCGGCUUUGAUGAAGGAACCAAAUGUAUACGAUGAGGACGUGUUUAAAGGUUUAGACUGGUUCUUGGAUCAACUGACCAAGUUUGAUAUGACCGCUACGAUGACUCUCUCAAACUUUUGGCAAUGGUCUGGCGGCUUUGCGCAAUACGUAUCUUGGUGCGACCCCACACAUCCCCCCAUUCCAUACCCGACAUCUUCAGAUUUCACAGCCUUUGAACGCUUUGCGGCUCGCUUCUAUUCCGAUCCUUCCAUCUAUUCCGCCUGCCAGUCACUUUACCAGCAUCACAUCAAGACGGUCCUCACGCGCAGAAACACAUUUAACGGGAAGUUGUACAAGGAAGAUCCCGUAAUAUUCGCGUGGGAGUUGGCAAACGAACCACAAAUAGUUUUGGGAGAUAAUGGGAGAAAGAUCGUCAGGACUUGGAUCGAAGAAAGUGCAAGGGUGAUCAAGGAUCUGGAUGCAAAUCAUUUGGUGACGACGGGAGCCGAAGGGAAGAAUGGGAAAGAGUGGUUUCUGGAAAUGCACGAGUGCAGCAAUAUCGAUUAUGCAAGUGCUCACGUUUGGGUAGAAAAUUGGGGAUAUUACAAUUCAAAUGAUCCAUCAACCGAGAAUUACUCGCGAGCAGAAAAUUUCAUGUUGACUUUUAUUGAUAAUGUUAGCAAAUGGUCUACGGAAGAGUUGGGAAAACCCGUAUAUCUUGCAGAGUAUGGCCUUGCAAGAGACGGUUGGCUUCCUGUAUCCAAAUACUCCCCAUCAGCAUCGACAACAAAUCGUAAUAAAUACUAUAGCUCACUAAUGAACAAAGUUUUGUCACUCGAGAAAUCACGCUCUUUUAGUGGACAGGCAUUUUGGGCAUAUUCCGGAAUUGCGAGACCGAACGAUUCGCCACCUCAAUGGUUGGGUGAUCCGCCUCACGAGCCUGCUGGCUGGUAUUCGGUGUACGAUGCCGAUGAAGAGACAUUGCAGAUAAUAAGAGAACAUUCAGAUAAAGUCAAAAAGUUGGCGGAAUGA